AUGUGCCAGAUAUUCGAGCUACAACCCGGAUGUGAUCAUACUCAUCGAACUCAUCGAUGCUGCAGAGAGCAAACCACCUGGUGGAUUGGACGAGCGAGUGACGAUACCGACGGAACAAUCAUCGCUAAGAUCAAAUCAGCCUGUCCGACCACAGUCACUACAAUACCAAUAAUCACUCCUUCCCGCUGCGCCGGCUGUGUACUUUCUCAGCACUGGAAAUAUAGUACAGAGAAAGUUCCUUUCGCCGUCAAAAAAGAAGCAGUUUUGAACAUACUCCCUCUCUCCCAAAACGAGGGGUACCUCAAUGACAACCUCAACGACGUUUGCCUCUGGGACGAUGAGGGUUGGCAUAUUCGCCACCCUGACGACCUUUUAUGGCUAAUAUUCAUCACGCAGAAACUCGAACUAUUUUUACAAUUACGAGAAGAGCAGCGUCUGCGUAUUGACAGAAGACUUGCGGAACGAGGCAUUGAAAUAACACCCGAUCCCGACGACGAGCCAACUCAGAGUAUUAAGCCCCGAAGGCUAUUGUUACUUUUGAUACAUCGGAUUGAACUGAAUCUCAUUUACCUGGCAAUGAAGAGUUUUGACGGAGAAAAACCUGGGUGCGUCAGACCUAUCGGGAUCCUAGCAGUGGAGGAGACGAAAAGAGAAUGUGCCAUAUGCAGAAUUGAUAUUGGAGUAUUUAAUGAAGACGGCGUUAGGGAGAAGCCUGUCAUUACUAGUUGUAAUCACGUCUUUGGGGAUAAUUGUUUGGGCCAGUGGCUUCGCGAGGCAAAGACUUGUCCCAUCUGUCGAACUCAGUUUCACGGUAUUACCGUUUCCGUCACAGGGCUUGAUAUCAAUAUUGAAACCGAAGAUGAUGCACUUCCUAGCCAUUUGUCUUAUCAAGGUCUAGCUAAACUCAAAGCUGCAUUCAAUGAUGGGGGCGACAAUUCUAGGUGGAAUUACCUGUUUAAAGACAACUUUAUCUACGAAGAUUUUAGCGAUCACUUCAACACGCACAAGAGCGAACGCGAAUGGCUAAGAUCACAAAAGCCAGAAGAGCAAUGCGAUCUCAACGACGUUUGGGAUAAACUUUGGCAUCGAAAAACCGAAAAUUACCGGCAAUCAGUUUACGAAUGGACAGAAAUAUCGACUUACAUUUUUGGGGGACAUUUGAACAUGUUUUUCGGUGAUACAGAGUUGUUGUUGACCAUGGACCUGAUGAGAAAUGCUCUUGCUUUGGAUACAGAGGGCUCGGCCAUUACGAGUUAG